GCGUCUACACCCUCGUGUGCGUCUGUGUGUGCGCUCGGCUAGCCGGGGACCCACCGGGCGCGGGUGACCGACCUCGGGGUGCAGCUCGGGGGCCCCCCUCGGCCUCCAGGGGCGGUGCGGGCCGGGCGGAGCCUCCAGGGCUGAGUGGCGGCGCCCAGUAACCAGGGACGACCGAGGCCGCACAACCCCGGGUCCCGCACAGACAAAGCCCGGCCCCGCCCCGGCCAGGCCCGGCCAGGCCCGCAGCCGCUCCCUCUGGGCACCCCCAAAAAGGGGUCCGGCCCGGGGGGGCGGAGGCCGCGGGCCCGAUCAUGGGGAAAUCCAACAGCAAGUUGAAGCCCGAAGUGGUGGAGGAGCUGACCCGGAAAACGUACUUCACGGAGAAGGAGGUGCAACAGUGGUACAAAGGCUUCAUCAAGGACUGCCCCAGCGGACAGCUGGAUGCGGCGGGUUUCCAGAAGAUCUACAAGCAGUUCUUCCCCUUUGGGGACCCCACCAAGUUCGCCACUUUUGUCUUCAACGUCUUUGAUGAGAACAAGGACGGGCGGAUCGAGUUCUCUGAGUUCAUCCAGGCCUUGUCGGUCACUUCAAGGGGAACCCUGGACGAGAAGCUGCGGUGGGCCUUCAAGCUCUAUGACCUGGACAACGACGGCUACAUCACGAGGAACGAGAUGUUGGACAUCGUGGAUGCCAUUUACCAGAUGGUGGGCAACACUGUGGAGCUCCCCGAGGAAGAAAAUACACCCGAGAAGAGGGUGGACCGGAUCUUCGCCAUGAUGGACAAGAAUGCCGACGGGAAGCUGACGCUGCAGGAAUUCCAGGAAGGCUCCAAGGCCGACCCGUCCAUUGUGCAGGCUCUGUCGCUCUAUGAUGGGCUGGUAUAGUCUGGGCACCAGCUGGGGUG